AUGGCCGCUGUCGCCAACCCCACCCUUCCUCAAGCCCGCGAAAUCCCCACAACGUUUUCGGCCAGUCUACGCAGUUGGUGGGCCACAAACGACAAGACAUCUUCCGUCGCAGAGAGUAGGCUCUUCCAGUCAAUAUUGCAACCUCCACAGCCAAACCCGACCUAUGUCGCCUCCAGCUCGCUCGUAACCCUCGAUAAGCCAAAGCAGUACCUGAACACCCUCGCAAUCCACUCAACCAACCCCCAACCCGAUGCUCCCUCCCCAGUCGUGAUGUUGCCUGGCUACGGAGCUGGGAUUGGGUUUUAUUUGAAGAACAUCCCUGUGGUUGCCGAGUGGGCUGGCCACCGCGGUUCCUCACUCUACGCUGUGGACUGGCUGGGCAUGGGCCGCUCUGCACGUGUUCCAUUUAGGAUACGGUCAGACCGCAAAGACAUUGCUGGCCGUGUAACCGAGGCUGAAUCAUUCUUCAUCGAUUCACUCGAGUCAUGGCGCGCAAAACAACGCAUCGAGAAGAUGACCCUCGUUGGCCACAGUCUUGGGGGCUACCUCAGCCUCGCAUACGCCCUCAGAUACCCUGACAGGGUGAACAAACUCAUCCUGCUCUCACCUGCAGGCAUCCCACGUGAUCCCGACGAGACGUCCGCUCCAGAGCGUGAGCUCGAGUCAGCCCCGCAUGGGUCAAAUUCUUCAGUAGAGUUAUCCAACGAAGCAAAGGUUCAGGAAAUCCAUGCUGAACAAGCCGCCCACAAACCGCGAUAUUCACGAGGCAUGCGUCUGUUCCGGUAUUUGUGGGAUGAGGGUUGGAGUCCGUUCCAAGUUGUUCGGAAUACCUACUUCUGGGCGCCGAUGCUCGUUGGAAAGUAUUCAUCACGACGAUUCACGGGCUUGACUGACGAAGAAACCCGAGCCAUGCACGACUACAUUCUCCACAUAACCCUCGCCAAAGGCUCAGGCGAAUACUCCAUAUCCCAUCUUCUGGCUCCCGGAGCCCAUGCCCGCCGACCGAUGGUAGACCGCGUUUCCGCACUGAAAAUGCCAAUAACCUUUGUUUAUGGCGAUCACGAUUGGAUGGACCCAGAAGGCGGGGAGAAAUCUGUCGAAAACCUUCGCAAGGCUGGCAACGGCAAUGCGCGGUCAUACAUCGUCAGCGAUGCUGGUCACCACGUAUAUCUAGACAACCCUAAAGCAGUCAACAGUCUUCUGCUUAAGGAGCUCAACCGCAGGCCAUAA